GUAGGAAUCUAGGGAUGUAAUUGACUCAAAGUCAGGAAUUAUUUGGGUUUUUAAAUCUUCCCAAAGCGGUAACAUAGUUAGCGAUGAAAAAUUGGCAGUAGUGUCAAAGUAAUGCUUUACUCUCAAUGAUUUUUAGUCUUCGUUAUUUCAAAUUCGUGUAUUUCCCAGAGUAAAGACAAUACGACAAAACUGCUGGAUUUGGGGAAAACAUGGAGACAAGGAGGGGAAGGACUCGACUAAAUGACUAAGCUUGAAGUUUUCAGCCAUCAAUGCAUUCACAAAUCUCUUGGAGUUAACAUGUAUUGGACAUUUAAGAUACAUCGAUUAUUUCCUGUGUGGGAUCAAAUGUGCCGGAAAAAUAUCCUUUGAAUCUGGACAUCAAGAUAGCUUUCGAACAAACUCUGCUCAGUUGACAUCAAAGGAUUCGGAAGUUUUCUCCCGAAAUUCUCUCACAGAAGAGUAGCCAGUUUGGAAUUCUGGUCGAUGGAAUUGCACUGAGGAAUCACAAAUGGGUAACAUGUAGCCUAACAUAACUUACCACAAGGAACACCUUAAACAUUAGUUGGCUACUCCGGAUAACAUAGCGGCAAAGGGCAAAGUGGUGUUUUGUUAAGUAUUUUCCAUCUAGUGCCCACCUCAAGAGGCCUGUGUAGGCUUAAUGAAAAUACCACGUAUAGAUUGUGACGGAAGAUGUGCAAUUUACGUGUUAGAAUGUUAAUAUUGAAGGAGUAGGCCUAGAACUUUUACAGGCUUCCGCAGCUGUACAAAACUUUUUCGGAAAUCGGACUAUACAAACGUGUCUGGAAUUACUGUUACUGGAAACUCCGUGAGAGAUGGGAACAUAUCUGAAGAGAAAUGUGGUCAUUGACACGAAGUUAUUCUGAGUGACAUUUGGACAGCAAAAUACUUUUAGUCUUUUUGUAUGACUGAAUGUGGAGAGUUGUGAGGACACUACCCUGGAAAAAAAGGUGAAACCGUCAAUUAGGCUACAUUGUAUCUGGAAACAAAUUAACAAUAGGCUGGGCGCUGUUAGCUCGCAAAUAUUUCUAGGUUUUGGGCGAAGAAGGCUCAAUAUAUAGACAGUGUGAAAGGUUGUCGUGUAAUGAGCCUCUUAUUUCCACUUGAAUAUUUUUUGAUUUUGGAGGUAUUUGACAGUUCUUCGACAUAUAACUAUGGUUGCAUAAGUUAAUCGAUUCUCCAUGUUCAAAACUCUUCAGAAUAUUUUUCUAUACAGGACUACUGUAUGUGGUAACAUUUACCAUCGUUUUCUUCAAACAACAAUUUCCUGUCUUGUGAGAAGAAGCGUAAAGAUAGAAUUCUGGAACUGGCCGAAGACGAUACAGUGGAAUAAGCUAUCGUAGACAAUUGCCAGUAUCACCAUUUGUGUCGAAACACAUUGGUUGGACACCAAGGAGCACCAAUUUUCCAACGUACGAGGGAGAUUGUGCACAAUAAAAUGAUAGUUGGAUAAAGGCUGAAGAAAUUAAACGAAAGCCCAAUGAGUGGCACACAGUCCACGAUAACUGACAGGUUUCCCAAAAAAACUACCAGGACAGGAAGUAUUCUCGGCAAGGACCAUCCCCCAGACAAGAAGUCCAAGAGCGACAAGCCAGCUGUCUCCUCCUCCAAUGAGUUUGAUCCCACAGAGGCGCCCGUGCUGAACAGCAGCCUCAGCAGCAGUAGCAGCAGCAGCAGCUGUGUUGUAGCCGACGCAAAGCCAGAGUCCUGUGGGCUCGUUCAGCGUUGUGUCAUCAUUCAGAGAGAUGAGAAUGGCUUCGGCCUGACCGUCAGCGGAGACAACCCCGUGUUUGUGCAGCUCGUCAAAGACGAUGGAGCUGCCAUGCGAGCUGGUGUUCAGACAGGAGACCGGAUCAUAAAGGUCAAUGGAACAUUAGUAACACAUUCAAACCAUGUGGAAGUUGUUAAGUUGAUAAAAUCGGGCUCCUAUGUGGCCCUCACGGUGCUCGGCCGGCCCCCAGGGCUGCCUCAGAUCCCACUGUCCGAGGGCGAGGGAGACUCGGGGUCCCUCUCCCUGUCCUCCCCGCACUCCCCUGGCCCCACCACAGGGGAGCGCUCCUCCACCUCCUCCAGCCCCUCCGACCGCGUCACCUCCCCCCUUCCUGCCUGGGAGGAGAACAGCACAGCGUACCAUCAGAAGGUGGAUAUCCUGCACCUGCAGAAGAUGCUGACGAAACAGCAGCAGAGUUACCAGGCCAUGAAGGAGGAGUGCAGCAGGAACCCCUCUCCCAAACUACUGAAGAUGAUCCAGGAAGCCGAGAAGCACAUUACACUGCUCCAGGGACAGCUGAGCAAGGCUACAGCAGCUGGACAGGAUGGCGGCGUAUCAUCUCAGCUGUCGGAGGCUGACGUGGAUGACGUGGGCGGUGGUGAGAGUGAGCAGCCGCUGUCCUGGGCCACUGACUCCGCCCCAGACGGCUCCUGGCCCAACAGCACCGCGCUUCCUGCCUCUCCGUACCCAAACGCUGCCCUCCCAGAUAGUCCGUGCCAAAGACAGACCCCCUGCCACAGCCCAAAGACCACUUGCCGCGGCAGCGUGAACUCCUGCCCCUCGCCCGACACGGAGGACCUGCCAGAGCUGGACUCCCAGUCCAGUCUCGGCAGCCCCAUGUCACGCCAACCCCCUCAGAUCAUCGGCGCCGAGGACGACGACUUCGAUGCUGAACAGGACCAGAUCAAUGGCCAGUGCAGCUGUUUUCAGAGCAUGGAGCUCCUGAAGUCUCGACCGGCGCACCUGGCUGCCUUCCUCCAUCACGUGGUCUCCCAGUUCGACCCUGCGCCACUGCUGUGCUACCUCUAUGCUGACCUGUCCAAGCAGAACAACCCCAAAGAGACACGACGGAUCUUCACAGACCUGCACACUUAUUUCAUGGACCGAACAGCCAACCUAAAGGUAGCGGUGCCUGAGUCCAUCUCUGCUGAACUUGAAAAAAGGAGAGCAGAAGUGCUCCCAGAGGAGACUCACAGGCAGUACGUGCAGCUGCUUCAGGACACCCUCCUGACGGACAUUCAGAAGAACCUGGAAGACUUCAGGCAGAAGCGCAGUAUGGGCCUGACGCUGGCCGAGGCUGAUCUGGCGCGGCUGGAUGCGGAGACGGGGAGGAGUCGCGUGGCGCUGGAGAGGGAGCGCUCCUGUGCAGAACACAUCAUCUCCAAGAUAGAGGAAGUGCUAUUGACGUCACAGCCCACAGAGGAAGAGAAGUGCAGCACGAUGCAGUACGUGAUCCUCACCUACAUGAAGCACCUGGGGGUGAAGGUCAAGGAGCCGCGAGGCCUCGAACCCAAACCCAAGCGCAUCAACUUCAACCUGCCCAAGAUCAAAGUGAAAGGCAUCAAGCCAGAGAAGCCAGAGAGGGAAGGUGGUGAAGAAAAGAAGAAAGGCAGGUUCCCCCCUUUCCUGCCUCCCAGGCGGCCCACUCGCGUCGACCCAUCCUCAAUCGGCAAAGCCGUGGAGCUGAACAAGCAGCGUACACAGAAGCAGCUGUCGCAGCCGGCCCUCAGCACCGCUGACCAGUCCGACUCGUCUUCGCCGUUGUCGGCACCGGCGGGGUUGCGUUUCCGUAGCAACCAGUCCAGCGACGGCUCGGACCCGACGCACGGCGGCGCCAUCAUGAGCUCGCCGCCACACAGCGCCCCCGCCGCACAGGGCUCCGACGGAACCGGCCGCGACGCCGACACGGGCUCCACCCCCUCCUCGGCCCAGGCCCGGCUCGGGGACGGCUUCCACCCCAGCGACCCCCAGGACGGAUCCACGCCGGGCUCCGCCACCCACUUUGACUUUGGCCCCUGCGCCCUGGAGCACCUGCAGGAGGAGGAGCCGGAGACGGACAGGACCCAGGACGGAGGCACGCCGAAGCCGGCCAGGAGGAUGGAUCCGCUGGGCUCGGGCGAGGUCCAUAGCGAGGAUGACCAGGGUGGCGAGGUGGAGCUGGAGCAGGACCCCUCCAACUGGCAGAUGUCAGUCCCCCGAGAGAUCCUGCAGGGGCUCGCGUCUCAGGAAAUCAAGCGGCAAGAAGUCAUUUAUGAGCUGUUCUACACAGAGAGGACUCACCUGCGGAUGCUGCGGGUCCUUGACAACGUCUUCUAUCAGAAGCUGAGCAGAGAAAGCAUCCUCCCUCCAGGCGACGUCAAGCACAUCUUCACCAACCUAGAGGAGAUCGUCCAACUACACGCCUCCAUACUAGAACAGAUGAUGUCCACCCGGAAAAAGAAUGAAAGUUCAGUCAUCAGUUUGAUAGGAGAUGAUCUGCUCACAUGGUUCAGUGGAACGGAGGAGGAGAAGAUCAAGCAGGCGGUGGGCACCUUCUGCAGUAAUCAGCCCUUUGCGCUGGAGCUCAUCAAAAGCAGGCAGAAGAAGGACCAGCGCUUCACCUCCUUUAUGCAGGAGGCCGAGAGUAACCAGCUGUGCCGCCGGCUCCAGCUCAAAGACAUCAUCCCCAUGGAGAUGAUGCGCCUCACCAAGUAUCCUCUGCUGCUGGAGAACAUCGCCAGAAACACCGAGGACCUGGAGGAGAAGGACAAAGUCAAGAGAGCCGCCGAGUGCUGCAGGAACAUCCUGAACCACGUCAACCAGGCGGUGAAGGAGGCCGAGAACAAACAGAGACUGGAGGACUACCAGAGACGGCUGGACUUGUCCUCGUUCAAGCAGAGUGAGAAUCCCAUGAUCUUGGAGUUCAAGAAUCUGGACUUGACCAAGAGGAAGUUGGUGCACGAAGGGCCACUGUCAUGGAAGGUCAACAAAGACAAGACAAUAGAGCUGUACACGCUGCUGCUGGAGGACAUCCUGGUGCUGCUGCAGAGGCAGGACGAGCGCCUCAUCCUCAAGUGCCACAGCAAGAACCUGGCCGGCACCGCCGACACCAAGCACAUCUUCAGCCCCAUCAUCAAGCUCAACACCGUUCUGGUGCGCUCCGUGGCCACAGACAACAAGUCCUUCUUCGUAUUGUCCAUGUCGGACAGCGGUGCCCAGAUCUAUGAGCUGAUGGCGCAGACUGUGUCUGAGCAGAGAACGUGGCAGUGUCUCAUCACCCAGAGGGCAGACUCCAUGAAGAUGAAGCAGCACAACAUCAUACCUCUACCCCAGACCGACGGUGACCGUGAGACUGUGGAGAUGAUCAACUCCGCUGGCGUUCAGAAACUCAACAAAGAUCCCGACCGCAUCUCGACCGGAAGCAUCCAGUCCCCCGAAAAGGACUUAGUGUCCACCCAGGGGGUUCUGGACACGCCUCCUCCGGGGUCCAACCCCUUUGAGAGCAGCAAGUCAGAGGAUGAGGAGGAGGAAGAGGAGUCGCUAACGGUGCGACUGGAGGAAGAGGGGCCCUUCCUAGAAGCCGACUUAGCAGACAAAGAGGCCUUCGUCAAGCCCGGGUCAUGUCCGCCGGUUGUUCUGGACGAUGAGGAGCCGGAGGCCUUUGGCUUUCCCUCCUCCAGAGCUGACGAAGCCCUAAAAACAUUGGCAGCGCUGCGGCAGCUUCUCAUCACCCACAUGAGUGCUGAGGAGGGGGAGCGGGCCGAGGGGGGAGGCGAGCGCGCCAACACGUCCGCACCUCCUCUGCCGAGGCCCAGAGACAACGGGGGCCCGGCACCACCCGCAGAGAACAACUCGGAGAGGACGGCGCCCUCGCAAGCCGCCACGGAGUCGCCGUCUGCCAACACAGCGCUGUUUGAGACGGCCGAAUACGCUCUUCUCCUAGAAGGAUACGGAGGGUUUGAGGAGAGCAGCACUGACGAUGACAUCCAGGGGGGCGACUCGGAUGUUGACGUGACGAAGCUCCUCUCAUCGUCACAGACAACAGGCGUACCCAACCUCAGCCGGCAGGUCAUGACCCACAUACGCCUGCUACAGGCCAACCUGCAACACCUCAAGGAGGUGGAGAUAAAGUAUCAUGAACUUCGCCAAAGCCUCGCCGAAGCAGCUACUGACACAGUGGAUAGCAAAGACAAGAGUUAGUGAUUCAGGGAGACGCUCCUCUGCUCUUGCCUGGAAAGACGAGCAUGGGAGGUCAGGGGUGUGGUGUGUGUGGUGGACACUUAUCUCCAGCGUGCCUCCCCUCCCCUCCCCUCCCCUCCCCCCUGUGCUAACACACUGACAUGGACACAGUCCGCUUGGAGGAGGCGGCCACAGAAGAUGGCGGUGUAGUGCGUCACACGUCCUCUCAAUUCCCCUCCACUCUUUCUCCCAGAUCCUCCACUCAAGCGGAGAGAGCGCAUCCUGCGCACAUCUUCUGUGCACAUCUACCAACUCAACAAAGAACAAAGUUACUUGGCGUAGCCUGCUUUCUCAGAGAUCUUGGGGUUGUAUUUAUUGGAAUUGAUGUGAAUGUUGAGAUUUCCUGAUGCCUACACUCACUGGUGAUUUUUCAGGAGACUUCUCCCAUUUUAUUUGAACCAGCUGUAUUACCACAUAGGGAGAGAAGACUGUUGCGCUCCAUGGUCUCUAGUCUAUUCUGCCAUUCCUUGGGCCUGUUCACGUUUGCUGAUCCCUCUCUUCAACGGUGUAGAGAGUUUCAACAGGGCCUCUGUUGACAUGAAAGGGAAAUCUUCAUAAAGUUAUGAAUUCGUCACUGAUAUGAAGACUUGUUACGAGGCCAAAUCAGAAACAAAAUGCUGAAGAAUGCUGUCCCAGAUUUCAUAUUGAACUGAAAAAAGAGAGAGGUCAGGAGUUAAUUUUUUUUUUAAAGAAAUAUGACCUCAGUUGUGUCUAUAUCACGUCUCGGUAGAAUUGGGUAACUCCUGUAGUAGUCUGUCCUUUAUAAGGACUACGUAACAACUUAAUAAGCACAGCAUAACACACGAGGAUGAGGAUUAUGUUAACAAUCUUUAUACAUAUUGUCAUGCAUGCUGCACUGUGUGUAUGGUGACCUAAUUUGCCCGUCUCCACAUGAAAUACCUUGAAUGUUAAUGUUUUGUUAAUGAGCACAAUAUCAUGCCUAGGAAGAAACUUAGGUUUAGGCGUGAGUGGAACUGUAAUAAAUUGCCUCUUUCCACCACAAAAAAAAAACCUUUGAUAGACACGAUUAUAUAUCUCCUCGGACUCAAUAACCCUGAAUCACUGAAUUGUUAACACAGGAAUUAAGGAAGACACAGAUACAGUUACACACAAUGUGCCCAUUUGAUGUCGUAAUAGUUAUUGGGACGUCUGUUACAGCAGAGAUGGUUGUUCAGGUCAUGCAGUUACAGCAGUGUUUCCCACUCUUGUUCAGCAUGUGUUCAAGCCCACCUUGCAUACUGUCUAAACGCAUCUUAAAUCAGGUAAAGGUAGGGUGUGUGCGAUUUGAGGCCAAUACAAUUUCUGUCAAAUUCAGCGCAUUGCUCUGCAUGCUCCUCUAGCGGUCUGUUCAAUCCUGUAGCAACAUUUGUGAAACAAACGUGGUGGUUCAGGCCACCAAGCGUCAUCAUUUGAUUGGCUAUUGAGCUUAAAUGUCAGCCUUUCACCAAAAUCCCAGACUCUGCCUUGAAUGACAGAACAUCUGGACUACACUUAUUUCAGUCAGAUGUGCAGAAGCAGUAUGAAGGAGAGAAUACCCUGUAAUUCAACAGCAUUCUGUUUUCCCAGCAAGGUACACAACGUCUCAAGUAGUACCCAAGUAAUAGAGGACAGUGAUGCUCUAUACUCCAACUCCACAGAGGGAGUUUCAUGAUUGAUUCCUACUUAUUAUCCUUUAAACGGAUAUCCAAAAUGAGGCUAUCAGCACAGAGUAGUCAGAUUAGGAUGUGACUGGAGUCAUUUCAACACUUUUCAUCAGGUACGUUGAAAGUAAUGUUCACCUUGUAGCAUACAGACAGAUUCUACUGAUCACAUGCUGUGGAGCAAUGCAUUUCUCUCCCAACACAAAUGGCUUGGUAGCUGUGUUGUGAGGCAACAUAUCCUUUGCCACAGCAUCCUUUGGAAUGAAGCUACUGAAGAUCUCUUCACCUUCACAGGCGAGGACAAAAAUAACAAAUCUGUAAAAAAGUGUACAAACAUUGAAACAACGUUGGCCGAACAUGCAAAAAGUCCCCAUAUUUUGCAGGACUCGUUCAACCACAUGAGUUAUUGGAUUUCAUAUAUGAAGAAACAAACACCAGAGCUUAUGAAAUGAUGGUGUAUGGUUUAUUUUAAAUGUAAAAUUGUAAUUAUGAACACUGCAUCUCUCACCAGAAGAGUCCUUGAAUGUGUGCUCUCCUGCUUUCUACACCUUAUGUAUUGUUUUAACAUAAACUACUAAGACGAAAAAAAGACUGCAAGGUAUUCCCUAAAUAUUAAUGUUACCUGUAUUUUUAUUAUUUUGUCUAGAUGUUCAUGAGGUAUUAUAUUUUAUGAAGAACACUAUUAUGAUCUUUGGCUUUCUGUUGAAAUCAUUAAUAACUUUUAGUUGAGAGAUUCUAUUAAAUUUGAAACUGAUACAAUGUCAAACAUAAA